UCGCCCAUGGCCGCGGUCGCCGCCGCACGCCGCGGCCUGGCCGCCCUUGUGCUGUGCCGCCGGCCGCCGCCGCCGCCCUGCCCGCGCCCGCCGCCCGCCCGCCGCCUCCCCAGCGCCGCCGCCGCCGCCGCCUCUUCGGCCCUCGGGGCGCCGCCGCGGGCUCCCGCCCCGCUCUGCGCUGCCCUCCGCAGAUACAGCCAGGUCACAGAUGCGUCGUCCCAGGAAGGUCACCUCCCGGAGCAGGAGCCGCGGGCAGCCAAGGAAGACAGUGACAAUGUCUUUCUCGUCAGGGCACAGGGAUUCCCCUUCUCCUGCACCGAGGAAGACGUGCUCACCUUUUUUGACGGCUGUAGAAUUCGAAACGGUGAGAACGGGAUCCACUUCCUCUUAAACAGGGAUGGGAGGCGCAGGGGGGACGCCUUGAUCGAGAUGGAGUCCAAGGAGGACGUCCAGAGAGCCCUGCAGAAGCACCUCAGGUACAUGGGCCCACGCUAUGUGAAAGUCUUUGAGGUCCACGACAGCGACGUGGAGGGCUUGCUGCAGAGCCUGCGCGACGAGUCCCAAGCCAUGAACGAUGGAGUUGUGCUGCUCAGAGGCCUUCCCUUCAGCUCCACGGAGGAGGACAUAGCAGAUUUCUUCUCGGGUCUAACCAUAACUGACGUAGUUUUCAUUUACCGGGGAGAAAGGAAAACAGGAGAAGCUUUUGUGCAGUUUGCAGCUCCUGACAUGGCAGCGAAAGCCCUGCUCAGGCACAGGGAAUAUAUGGGGAGCAGGUACAUCGAGGUGUAUGUGAGCAGGAAGGACAGCAUGCAGAGGCACAUGGCCUACGACAGGGAGCGGAGGGAGCCCGAGCCUGCCUUUGAGGAGAGGGGGCUGAGCCACACGGGAGACGCUGAAAGAGGGAGCAAGCUGGGCAGGGAAGGAGCAGAGAGCUCCAGGCAGGCUGUGGAAUCUGGCAGUGUCUCAUCACCGCUGCACUUGGUGCACGUGAGAGGGCUUCCCCCCCAAGCCAGUGCCCAGGCCAUCAUAAACUUCUUUGCCCCUCUGAAGCCCACCAGGAUCAUGGUGGAAUACAACUCCCAUGGAGAAGCCACAGGAGAAGCAGAAGUGCAUUUUGAGAGCCAUGAGGAUGCAGCUGCAGCCAUGGCUAAGGAGGGGUCCCAGCUAGAGUGCAGUGCUGUGGAGCUGUUCCUGAACCAACAUCCAAAGGCAAAGGGAAGCUGCCAGUGACAGGAGCCCAGCUCAGUUUGGUGAGUGCAGCUUUCUCUGCUCCAGCU